GGCGUGCGAGGGCCGUAGCCAGAGGAAGCAGGCAGGAAUAAAUACACGUGGUUGCGGGAGGCCGGCCCUUCUGGUUGAGCAGGGUGUAGAGUAACCUCGUGCUGACCUUAUCGGGACUGACAUUAGCUUCCCUCUCCCAGAUCAGCUGAGCAGGGUCAAACUGAGUUUUUGGAGAAGCAGCAGUUGGACAAACCCCUCCACCAUGGAAGACACUGCCAUUGGCUCUAGCCCCAAGACGAUGAUGUAGUUCGUAGUCCAAGAAAGAAUUCGGGGUCGUUGCUAGGCUUAUGAUUAUCAUACAGGAAAGAGCUCUGCCAUAAUUAAUAAGAACAUGCAGAUGAAGAUGCCAUAGAGUUUCUAGAGAUGAAAACCACCAUUACUAGCUGCGUGAUUCUGGUCUCUAGAGUUUGCAAUCAAAUGACGGCGAAUGCAAGAAGAAUACAAAGGCACUUGCCAGGCAGGGAAUGCUGUCUGUAAGGAGAGCUCACAUUGAGGGAGAGACAGCGACUGCUAAGUGAUGGCCGGAUAACUGAGGGUUUCUAACGACCCCUCCUGAUGAGUUGCUGAAAAACGAAAAAGAACAGAAGAAGGAGUGGCCAUGCUUGAGAACCCCCGAGCGCAUUCAUCCUGUCAACCCACUUGAGAAGCACAUCCAGGUGUAAAGAUGUCUUCUCGUACUGAUAUCCUAAAGAAGGAGCUGGAGGAAGAGCUGAAACUGAGCAGUGAAGACCUAAGGAGUCAUGCUUGGUACCAUGGGCCUCUCCCAAGACAGGAAUCAGAGCGGCUGCUGGAGUCAAAUGGCGACUUUCUGAUCCGUGAUUCCAUCUCUUCCCCGGGGGACUAUGUGCUGAGCUGUUCCGGCGCCGGCCAGUUAUUACAUUUUAAGAUCAUCGCGGUCUCUCUGCGCCCACGACGUGGAAUGGCACGGACGCUCUACCAGCUGGAGCAGGAUCAGUUUGAUAACAUCCCAGCUCUGGUUCGCUCCUAUGUGGGGGACAGAAGGAAGGUGUCGGAGUCUACAGGCGCAGUGAUAAUAAGUCCUGUGAACAGAUCCCUGCCGCUUAGAGCCCUGCACGAGAAACAUAACAGCCACAGCGGGGGAGACAGAGACCACAGGAGAAGUCUCAACAUGCCUGAGAGCAGCCUCCUUAGAACCAAGGACAGGUUUGGGAGUCAGCCAGGGAACUUGGACAUACUGAAGGAGAAACCUCUGCAGAGUGCUCAGUCGGACAGUAAUCUGCUCUCAGCAUUUACAGCGGAAGCAUUGACUCUUCCACAGAACCAAAUGCGUGUGCCCCUCUCCCCCCUUUUCCGCACUGGUAGUGACCCAGUCCUCCGGGCCAAAACACUUCCGGCCCCCAGUCUUGACCUAAAUGGCAACAGUGCCCUUCGGGGCUCAGACAGUCAGCUGCACUGCAAGGCACCCCCAAAACCCAUACGGGCCCCAUCCUUGCUGCUUCCAGAGCCCCCUGAUGAAGCCGACACAUACUCAGAGCUCAUCCCUCGUGUCCCUGUAAUCUUCAAGAGACCUGUGGACCACGGUAUAGCUGAAGAACGAUGGAAAAACCGUGUUCGGGCCACAGAGACCACUUUUGGCUUUCUGGAGUCUGAGGAAUCUCAAGGUGGGGUUGAUUCUGGUACCGGCCUUUUGGACAAUGCAAUUACUGUGACGGUGGUCCAUACAGUAGUGGCUGGUGAGGAGGAGGAGGAUCCAUUUGUCCGACCACAAAUACAAACCAUCUCUUCCUAUCAGCCCAAAGCCUUCCAGUCUCUUCUGCUCUCUCCCGAAAACAAACCACUGGAGCCGGCCGCCCUGCGUAAGCUGAAAGAAAUUGUGAGCCAAAAGGACUGCAAGGAGAGCGCCCUUCAUAUCUUGCGAGAGGACUGCCAGGAAAUUCGAAUUUGGGGUGUUACCCCUGAGCAGCAGAGGAUGAUGGGAGUUCAGUCAGGGCUGGAGCUGUUAACAUUACCGUAUGGGCAGCAGCUGAGACGAGAUCUUCUAGAAAGGCACCACCUCCUAUGCCUCGGGGUAGCAGUGGAUAUCUUGGGUUGCACAGGAGCUGUCUCAGAACGGGCGCACACACUCCAUCGCAUUAUUCAGCUGGCGGUGGAGCUGCGAGACCAUGCGGGGGACCUCUUUGCCUUCUCUGCUGUUAUGAAAGCCCUGACCCUCCCCCAAGUUGCACGCCUGGAGCAGACAUGGCAGACACUACAGCAAAUUCACACCCAAAGUGCCAUAACCUUCCAAAAGCAACUGAAGCCGGCCCUCAGGGAACUGGAUGAGUGUAUUGCGCUGCCCCCAGCCAGUGAUAUUGUGGUGCCCCACAUUGUGCCAGUGCUUCGGGCCAUGGAAGGAGAAGAUGAUGGAGGGGGGCCCAUGGAAGAAAGCUGUGCACGGCUACUCAGAGUCCUGCAGGCAGCAAGAUCUUAUGCAGCGAAUGCAGAGUUGCACAGGAAAAAUGCAGAGGACAAGUUGCAAGGACAUACCCCUCUCCCAGAGCUACGGGAGGCUUUUCAGACAGAAUUCUCACUGAGGUUAUUUUGGGGGAGUAAAGGUGCCAGCGUGGAGCAAAAAGAGAGGUACAGGAAAUUUGACCAGAUUCUCAGUGUUUUAUCCCAAAAGCUGGAACCAGAGAGGGACAGGAGCAAGCUGGUGAGCAGUGUGUAUGGAGCUGCGUUUUAGGGUGUCCCGAGACACCCCACCUGCGACUUAUCUGUACAACAAGCAGGAAGUUGAAACUGUACGGCUGUUCCCUUUAACUGCCGGGACCAAUGUCAAUCAUCAGUGAUUAUUUGGAAGGCAAGUCUCACUACAAACGUCCAAGUUGGCAUCUGGCAAGGAGGCGUUUGGUACUUGUGAGCCAAAUGUUAUCAUGACGGGCAACGCAAGGCUGGAGAAGCUGCUGAUUGGCAUGAAUGCCACCCACGGGUCAGUAGAUUUUAUGGUGACAAGAAAGAGGAGCUGACAGUUACUCCUCCACCUGCCGACCCCUCUUUCUCUCCCAGGCAUUAUUGCUCGUAGAAUAGUGUUUUUGGCACAGUCUGCCCGUAAUGCAGCUGAUUACAAACUGGCGAGCCAGCCAAAUGCUCUAAUAGAUUGCCUGAUGGCCGGUGCAGUCAAUAAACAUAUUCCGGGCUCCAUUCUUUAGUGGGGAAUAUGUGCUGCAUUCUAUUGGGCAAAGGCAAUCAGAGGUUUGCUUUCAUCGCUCAACCUGCAGAUUUCUGGAAAAAGCCACUCACUGAUUGGUUGCUAUGGGUUACUGCCCAGGUGUAAAAUUUGCCCGCUGUUUAUAAAUGAGCCUCUGUGCCUUUAUUCAAGCUGUGAAGAAUCUACUGUACACUGUAUUCACCGCAACACUGCAGGGUUUAUUUACUAAGCUAAUUGAGCUAAUUGCCCCAGAAUAAAGGGGCAGCCAAUAAGCAGCAUCCGCUAUACCAUGCACCAAUACGGGCACCUGCUUUGUAUUAAUUAUGCCCAAACAGGUGCAAAGGGAUUGCAAGUGGGAUGGCGUCACUUAAAGGGGAACUAUUGCGAAAAUGAAAAUGUAAUAUUAGCUUCAGGAUACUGAAAUGAGAAACUUUCUAAAUACA